CUAAAGUCCGCCAUGAUUAGAAAUAAAUUUCAACAUGGCGCACGGUUGUUCGGAGUGUGUGUGUGUGAAAGUGCAGUGAAAUUAUGUUAAAAUCAAGUGUUUUUAGUGAUAAUUUUAGUGUAUAAGUGAAAAGUGUGUGCUUUAAUGCAGCGUCUUUCUUAUAAUGGCAUUGGAUUUACGCCUGCACUCUCCUGCAGGCGCGGAACCUGUUGUUUAUACAUGGCCCCUCACUUCAGGUCAUGGCUCGGACAAACACGAUGGGGCCUUGGAGAUAGUAGAAACUAUAAGGUGGGUCUGCGAAGACCUGCCAGAAAUGAAGUCAGCACUAGAGAAGAACAUCCUGUGCGACUUCGACACGCAUUCGUACGACAGCAUGCGAGCUCUCUGCGACCGCUUCAACCGCGCCAUAGACUCCGUAGUCGCCCUGGAAAAAGGUACUUCGCUACCAGCUCAGCGGCUAAACAAGCAUCCAUCAAGGGGUUUACUCAAGCACAUCUUGCAGCAGACGUACAACCAAGCAGUCGCCGACCCGGAAAAAUUAAAUCAAUACGAGCCCUUCUCUCCAGAGGUAUACGGUGAGACAUCGUACGAGCUGGUAUGUCAGAUGAUCGACCAGAUAGAGAUCACAGCGGAUGACGUGUUCGUGGACCUCGGCUCGGGUGUGGGGCAGGUCGUGCUGCAGAUGGCAGCCGCCACGCCCUGUCGCGUCUGUCUCGGCGUCGAGAAAGCAGAGGUCCCUAGCAAAUAUGCAGAGAGUAUGGAUACUUACUUCAGAACGUGGAUGCGGUGGUACGGAAAAAAGUGCGGAGAGUACAAAUUGAUAAAAGGCGAUUUCUUGAUGGAUGAACACAGAGAGAAAAUAAAUGCGGCUACAAUAGUAUUCGUAAAUAAUUUCGCAUUCGGGCCCCACGUAGAUCACCAAUUGAAAGAGAGAUUCGCCGAUUUGAAAGAUGGUGCGAAGAUAGUGUCAUCGAAGAGCUUUUGUCCGCUGAAUUUUCGGAUAACAGACCGGAACCUGAGUGACAUCGGCACGAUCAUGCACGUCAGCGAGAUGUCGCCGCUCAAGGGGUCCGUCUCCUGGACGGGGAAACCAGUCUCCUACUAUUUACAUAUUAUAGAUAGGACCAAAUUGGAGAGAUACUUUCAAAGACUGAAAAAUCCGAAACUCAAGGUCAGCAAAAGGGGCGCGCAGAACGGUUGCGAGGACGGCGAAGGUAGCAAGCGGCACCUGAGCGCGCCGCCCACGCGGCAGCCCACGCCCGACCUGCUGAACGGGAACAGCAACCACAGCACCGGAUCACUGCCCGAGCGGAGGAGGAAGGUGGCUCGACAGAGAGCUGUCAGGGGUGAGAACGGUCGCACGCGGUCUCGAGCUGUGGCCAAGAGGAGAGUGGCGCGCCGCUCGAGCGACGACAGCGACGAGGAGUCCAGCGGCACCGACGAGCCGCCCGCGCCCGAGCCCGCGCCGCGCGAGUGGGGCGCGCCCUGGGCCUCCUCCUCCGACUCCAACCGUAGCCGGCGGCCGGCGGCCAAGCGCAGCGCGUCUGCGGGCGGCGCGAGGCGGCGGGCGGCGCGCGCCAAGCGGCGCCGCGCCGCGCCCGCCGCCAUCGCCGGCCUCGACCUGCUGCACUCCACCACCGUCGCCUCCACCCUGCACAAUGGCGCGGUGACGGCGCCGCCGCCGGGCUGCGUGGAGCAGCGUCUGUCGGCGCUGGGCGUGGCGCUGCAGCCGGCGGAGCGCCUGCACUCGGAGCUGGACAUCCCGCGCUCGCCGCACACGCCCUACUCGCUGCAGCUGCUGCUCGACAUGUUCCGCGACCAGUACCUCGCCUUCAUACAGCGCAUGAACACGCCCGACUACGCGCGGGAUAUACGCCAGCAGAUUGAUAAGGAGAAGGAAAGGAAUCAGAAAUUGAAAUCCCGAGCAUCACAGUUAGACAAACAAAUCAGCGUGCUUAUCAGUGACAGCGUGGCUCUACUGAAGGCGCGAAUGAGUGAGCUCGGCAUACAUGCCAACAACACAGUGGAUCUCCUCGCCAAGGCGAAAGAAAUCGUCGGGCGGCAUAAGGAGCUGCAAAGCAAAGCCAGUAAACUGCAGGCGCAAGUUAACAAUAUAGAAGCUGAACAGGCGGUCCUUAUUAAACAGCGCACCUUUGAAAUAACAGAAAAGUAUCGGCAGCUCGGUCAUAUACCUCCAGACACCGAAGUAACGCAGAAUAUGGCUCACGAUUGUAUAUUGAAAGAGAUCUCAGCUACACUUGCGCACAGGAAGCGGUUACAUGCACAGGUUGGACACUUACAAAGUGAGAUAGUGCAGUUGGAAAGGGCUAGUGAGCAGCAAAAAGUAGUAGCGACCACUGUUCCCGUCGCUACUGUGAAGCCGCACACUGUGAACAACAAGCCGAGGAAGUCCCGGGAACAUAGGUCGCGGUCGCAGGAGUGGCCCGACGUGCCCGACAUCGGCAAGAUCGAGGAGAACAAUCCAGAGUUACUUGCCCAAAAAAUACUAGAGACUGGUCGGCAAAUAGAGGCUGGCAAGCUGAUCAAGCCAAACGUUAUAGUUAAUGGAUAUACAAGGGAGCCCGAUAAAUAUAUCGACCAUCAUAGGCUGGCGAAGGCGGCGACGCCGGUGCACCGCGCGCCGCCGCAGCCGCCGCGCGGGCCGGCGCCGCCGCUGGCGCACCGCCAGUCGCCCGUCAAGCCGCAGAAGCCCCUCAACGUCGUCUCCAAGGUCCAAGAGUCGCCCAAAGUCAUCAACUUCGAGGACCGCCUCAAAAGCAUAAUAACUUCGGUCCUCAACGAGGAUCAGGAGCAACGGAAAGCAACGCGCCCCACCGCACCUGGCCAUCCCUAUACAAACGGCUACGUGCGGCAACCUAAUGCACAGCAUAACCCUUAUGCCUCCCGACAUGAGCAGCAACAACAACAGCAGCAGCAGCAGCGCGCAGCUCCGCCUGCCAGUAGCCCGCAGCUGUACGCGCGCGGCGGCGGGAACACUGGCGGCGGGAACCAUGGUGGCGGGAACCACGGUGGCGGGACCCACGGCGGAAACCAUAGUGGCGGGAACCACGGUGGCGGCUACCGGCGCGAGCGAUACACAUACGAGCGCCGCCCGGAGCCGCGGCCGCCGCCCGCGCACCACGACCCCAGGCACCACCAGCCCGACUACACGCAGGUAUCGCCAGCGAAAUUAGCUCUGAGGCGGCACCUGUCACAAGAGCGCCUAGCGGCGCCGGGCGCGCGCACCAUCGGCGACCUGGUGAACGGCGAGAUCGAGCGCACGCUGGAGAUCUCCAACCAGAGCAUCAUCAACGCCGCCGUCAACAUGAGCGCGCGGUACCACGACCGCGACCCGCCGCAGCACCAUCAGCAGCAUCAACCGCUCGAAGGUCUGGCGGCGUGCCUGCAGGAGCGCGUGCUGGCGUCGGCGUACUGGCGCGGCCGCGCCGCCGCCGACGAGCCGCACUCCAACACCUCCACGCCCGUCAACGACGAGCCGCCCGACGCGCACCGCCCCACCGAAGGCGAGGCUGGCGAGGAGGUGGAGGAGAGCAAGUGGCAAGACCGCAUCGCGUUCCGCUUCGACCAGAUCAUCUCGUUCGCGUCCACCGCCAUGGAGGACAAGCGGCGGCGCUCCGACGAGGCCUGCAACACGUCGCCCGACUCCGGCAUCGGCCACGACCAGCGCCCGCCGCAGCCCGCGCCGCCGCCGCCGCGCGACUCGCGCCCGCCUAGCACCACGCCUUUGGGACCACCUUCAGGCCCGGUAGCGGAGCGGCCGUUGAGCGCGGCGGCGGAGGCGCGGUCCCCGUCGCCGCUGGCCGCGCACCACUUCAAGAAGCGUUUCUUCCGGCGCGAGCGCUGGGGCGCGUGGAGCGCCACGCCGCCGCCCGCCGCCGUGGACUGGGAGCGCCCGCCGAUGUGACGCUCGCUGCCGCGCAUUUAGCGUCGUGAUGUCUGUUCACACACACAUCGCCGCUAUUUUCCUAGCGUAAUUAACGGAACACUGCCCGCUGUAACCCAUAGAGGAUAUUCGAUUGUAAUCUAUGUAAAUAGAGACGGUGUAGUACCGUGUUCGCAUUGCGAGCGGCGACCGCGAUCGAGCCCUCCUCGGAUGUUAGCUAUGUCCAUUUUAUUUGUUAUUUUUUUUUUUUCGAAUAUAUAAUGUAAUUAUGUAUAUUAUUGAGUUUAUUUUAUGUUUAAGAUUUGUAAUUAUUUAAUAUUAGGUUAUAAUCGCCGUUUUACUCGGGCGCUCCGGGAGAUGAUCGCGCCGCGGAUUGUAUUUCAUGUGUUCAUUUAGGUCGUAGUCUGAAAUACAUGAUUGAUGACGAUGCUGAAGUUCGUUUUAGCGCCGCGUGCGGUCGUUUGAUGGAUGUUUGUUGUUUUAUGUGUUUUGUUUUUCGAUGUUACGAAAAGCUAGCUCAGUCUGAAUAAUGUUAAUCAUUUCUUUGGGAAGUCUUAAAGUUUAGAUAGCGUUUAACGAUAGCAUGUUUGUAUAUAUUACAGAUAUAAAUUUAUGCAAUGAAGUAACGUCUUGUAGUCUAAUUCGGUAAAUUUAUUCGAGUGCUCCAUGAAGGAGGAUUUAAAUAAUUGGUUUAUAAGGGAAACUGAAUGGAUCGAUUAGAUAAAUAAUUAUUGUAAACGGAAUGUAAAUAACUUACACAUGCUCCGGACAAUCGUGAGGCAAUAGCAAUUAUUAUUUUUUUAAAUCAAACUUAACUAAAUAAGUAAUUAAUAGGGUUUUUAAUGUGUGAGGACAUUAUGAUUUUACCAAUACAAACCGUAUGAAAAUAUUUUAGACUUUCAUGUCAUUGGCGAUUGUUAUUUUUUAUUUCAAAUUUGUUCAUGUAUAGUGCCAAAAUAUCGCCACAUCUUUUUUACUGUAGAAUGACAAUUAGAACGUGGAUACAAGUUGAAUUAGGAUGAAGUCAUGUUAAUACGCACAUUGCUAAAAUGUAUGUUCACUAGAUCAGGAUAAAUAUUACGUUUUGCCUUACUUAAUUAGACGGUCAUAUAAUACAGGGUUUUACAAAAUCACAUGUAUCAACCAACAGAUUUAAUAUAUUAAUUCGCUAGUUUAUAGUGAUAAGAUUGAUUUGAUUGGAAAAUUCUAUGUUUAUACUAAUGAUGUCUGGAAUAUGUGAUUUUAUAUCAUCCUAUAUGUAGUGACAGGAGCAACUGAAAUAGGUAUAUAUUGUAUUCGCUCACGAAGAAUAUCCGCCUUUUAGAAUAAGAUAAAGCAACAAUAAGAAUUCUGUAUGAAUCGGGAAUUAGAUAGUUACAUAAAUUAAAAUUUCUUUGUUUAUGCUAAGCUAAAACAAUAAGCAAUAAUGGUUUGAUUGAAAGUAUGUAAAUUCAUAGCAUGAACACUAGACUAGAUUUAGGGGACCGUUGAUUAUAAAUUGGAAACAAAGUACAUUAGCUUAGCAUAAACAACGCUGAAGUUAUGCAAUUACAUAAACCGUGGCUAUUUAUCUCGAUACUUACUUCCGUUUUACAGUUUUGUUACAUAAAUUAUUAUUUAUGAUAAAUUGAAGAAACAUAAAUUUCCGAGUUUUAAAAAAUGUGUUAUGAAUACAAAAUUAAUCAUUGCUAUAAAUUUGUACGUACGUAUUAUAAAUAUGUAAAUAUUAUAUUAUUCUAAAUCUAAUUUGUGUCCAUAUGCAAGUUCGGACCGUUAUUAUUUGUGCAGGUAGUAAAAAUAAAUUAGUGAACGCGCUAGAGAUUUUUAUACACAUUUUGUCUAAUUGCUGACGUGAUUCAUUUCCAAUUUAUUUCAAAAUUUUGGAUAGGUACUGAUAUUACAUUUUAAUCAUAAUACGUUUUGAAUUUGACUAAAAUAGUUAAUGUGCACUAUUAUAAUGUAGAUAAGACUAUGACACGGUUAAUUGGUACGAUUGUAAGUUUAAUGAUAAACAUGAGCAAUGGUAAUAAUAUUUUGAGACAGAUGAAUAUUGCGUUCAAUGAACGAGAAUUUCAAGACAAUAUAAUGUCUGAAAUACACUAAUGACUCGUUAAGAAUUCCAUAGAGCGUGGUAAAACUGAGCAUACGUGAACGAGACACUCUACUUGUUGAUAACUUGGUAAAAUGAAGUGAACCAUCUUCAGAUUUCUCGUGUUAUUGUGGUAUUUCAGGCAUUGGGGUGCACUGGUUUGAUUGUGCCUGAAUAAAACUCAUCAAUGCCGCUCCAAACCUCAAAAUUGUGUAUUUGUAUACUAAGUAAGCUUAAAUCAAUUCUGAACCAAUAGUAAAGUAGCGUUAUUUCGUCGUAAAUCGAUCUAUUUUGACCGGAUUGCCUCGAAGAGUGAUUACAUUAUUCAGUUUUGACUAAGUUUAUUUUUUGAUGGGGAAAAUGAGCUAAUCUGUGUGACGUUAUAGUGUCUAAAAUAGUACAAAUGAGAAGACUUAUUGUCGUAAGCCUCGGACUAUUCAACAUUGCAAAUGCUAGGUUUGAGAUGUAUCCCUGUGUACUAGUUUUAUUUUGUACUAAAAGUUAAAAAUAAAUGAGUAAUUAAA